AUGGAAAACUACACAUUCAACAGCUUGACACUGCAGCUGGAGGGGCUGAAUAUCUCCAAGGACUCUGUUUACCCCGUCUUUAUUAUCAUCUUUUUCUCCUACAUUUUUAUCAUGGUUGCAAAUGGAGGCAUUGCAUUUCUGGUUUUUAUUGACGAGAGCCUUCACCAGUCAAUGUAUCUCCUGUUUUGCAACCUGAUAUUCAACGACAUCCUUGGAAAUUCGAUCAUGGUGCCUCGUUUGCUGUCAGAUCUCUUGCGGCCUCCGUCCGAACGUCUCAUCAGUUAUUUUGAGUGUGUAGUUCAAGCUUUCAUUACACACAUGUUCAAUACCACCAGUCUCACUGUGCUCAUGAUUAUGGCCUUUGACAGAUAUGUGGCCAUCUGUGAUCCUCUGCGCUAUGCUGCCAUAAUGACCAACAAAAUGGUGAUCAAGCUGACAGUUUCUGCCUGGGGAGUGGCCUUGGUUCUGGUCGGGAUUCUUGUCGGUCUGACCAUACGGCUGAACCGAUGCAGGACGAUGAUCAUGAAUCCUUACUGUGACAAUGCCUCUCUGUUUAAACUCUCCUGUGACAGUGUGUUUAUUAAUAAUGUGUACGGCCUCACCUUCACUGCCUUCUUGCUCACCUCUUCUGUAAGCACCACGGUUCUCACUUAUACUAAGAUUGCAGUCAUCUGUCUGAGCAGUAAGAACAAGUCUUUGAACAGUAAAGCCUUGAAGACCUGCAGCACUCAUCUGGUUGUGUACUUGAUCAUGGUUACCAGUGGUAUGGUUGUCAUUUCUCUGCAUCGACUCCCUCAGUACACCCACAUCAGGAAAUUAGCCUCCAUUCUGUUUCAUGUCAUCCCCGGCAUCCUCAACCCUGUUAUUUACGGAGUGCAGUCUGCAGAAAUCUAA